AUGCAGAAAAAAGCAGGGAUAGCUCAUGCUCGUGGUGCUCUUGUGUUGGUGGAUAACAGCAUCAUGUCCCCUGUAUUGUCUAAACCAUUGGAACUUGGAGCAGACAUUGUGAUGCAUUCAGCUACUAAAUUCAUAGUUGGACACAGUGAUGUAAUGGUGGGCGUGCUUGCGACAAUGGCUAAUGUUGCUGCCUUCUUGCAAACUGUCAUCGCUUUGCAU